CCUCUUAUUCGAUCAAACCAGAGCGUCGGUUUUAUACUUUUACCCACACCAGGCGGCAUCGUAUACUCGGAAAUUCGACGUUGGUGAGAAAGGGACAGCCGCAUAAUCGCUUACCGAUCAAGCACCAUCAUCAUCGUACCAAUCAACUUCCCAAACGAAUCUCAUCAAAUGAUGGCGUCGCCGAAAAAGCCGCCGGCGGUGAAUUCCCAACGCCCACCGACGGCGAUCACCCACCAACCAGCCUCCCCUCGCUUUCCUUCCGGGACACCCACCGCCGGAGCGCAGCGCAAGAUCGCGAUCGCAGUAGAUCUCAGCGACGAGAGCGCCUACGCCGUGAGAUGGGCGGUCCAGAACUACCUCCGGCCGGGCGACGCCGUGAUCCUCCUCCACGUCCGGCCCACCUCCGUCCUGUACGGCGCCGAUUGGGGCGCCGUCGAUCUGUCCGUCGUCUCGGACGCCGCGCCAGACGGCGACGAGGCGUCGCAGCAGAAGCUGGAGGACGAUUUCGACAAUUUCACCACCUCCAAGGCGAACGACGUGUCCCAGCCGCUGGUCGAGGCCAAUAUUCCGUUCAAGAUCCAUAUCGUGAAGGACCACGACAUGAAGGAGAGGCUCUGCCUGGAGGUGGAGAGGCUUGGGCUGAGCGCCGUGAUAAUGGGCAGCCGAGGGUUCGGAGCUUCCAGGCGAAGUGGGAAAGGCAGGCUCGGUAGCGUCAGCGAUUACUGCGUCCAACAUUGUGUUUGCCCUGUGGUUGUGGUCAGAUACCCUGAUGACAAAGAUGCCUCUGUGGGCCCCACCAAAUACACCACCGCCGCCGAAGAGGACAUUCUGGAGCUUCCUCCCGUGCCUGAGGAAGAACCCAUCUAUCACGACGCCUCCGAUAAAACUGCAGAUUUGGGAAACACAUCUUGAGCAAACAGAGUUUGGAGAUAGAUGAUGUUUAGGAGCAGAUGAACAGAAGGCUGCAGUUGGGUGUCGAGUGUCAGUGCCACCGCCAGGGACAGAAAUGGUAAUUCCGAGUUUGUUUUGUAACCGGUUGGUCUUCUUCUUCUUCACCAGGCUGCAUUGCUUAUCCAUGUACCAAAGAAAGUAUACUUUUCAGAUUUGUUUUUACAAAGAUUCUCUUCCCUCAUUUAUCCUCUGAAGAACCUUGAAAUGCAUGCAUUUUCUGUUUAUAUAUCUAUACUGCUGAAUAUUUGCUAUAAGUUGAUGCUCAGUUUACCCACUAAUAGCUCUAUGUUCCACAAAUUUAAAAUGUUCUGGUAAGGGU